AUGAGCGAGGAUCAAAAAAUUAUUAAACAUGAGGGUGUUAAAUAUUAUAAAAAGGAAGGUCAAUGGCAUCGUUUGGUUCCAGUUGAAGAUGACAAAGUGCCUGUUGCUAAAAAAUCCAAAAAAGGUCAAUAUUAUCGUUUGGUUCCAAUUGGAGAAGACAAAGUGCCUGCUGACAUUAAAACCAAAAAAUCCAAAUUAAACCUUCAACCAGAAAUUCUACUCGAUAUAUUUAAAUUUCUCAACUUUGUUCAAUUAUUGGCUGUUCAACAAACAAAUUUUUAUUUCAAAAAUUUUAUUGACACACAUGAAAAGCUAUUGGCAAGGAAGAAAUACGAAAGACUUGAAUUUAUUAUUCCUGACCAAUUAUAUUUCGAUGUAGAUAGGUAUGAAGAUUAUAAGCCAUAUCCUAAACUUUAUUACUUGGAAUUGGUUGAAAAUGGAUUUUAUGAAAGCGAGUGUGGAUUCAUUAAACUAGACCCUCAACUUUAUGAUUUCAAGUUGAGUGAACAACUUAAAGAAAAGUGGAAGGCCGGAAUAGAAAACUCAAUUCCUAUGUUUUUAACAGGGGACGAUGUUAACAAGAGACGACGACCCAUUAAUACUAUUUUCUGCGAAUUGCUACAUGAUUACAAAGUGGAUAAAGGUUACUUAUUAUUUGAGGUUAUGGAAUAUGUAAUUAUGAGUCAUUUUUUUUGA